CCGUGGCAGGACAAGGAGCGGCGUCUCCGCCAGCGUCUCCGCCGGAUCCUGCCCAUCGACGUGCACCGCCCGGAGCCGCUGGGAGCCCCGCUGCGCCCGCGGGCCGACGCGCUGCUCUCCGCCUUCUGCCUGGAGGCCGUGAGCCCCGACCGCGCCGCCUUCGUGCGGGCACUGGCCCAUGUGGGCAACCUGCUGCGCCCGGGGGGCCACGCCGUGCUGCUGGGGGCCCUGGGCGAGUCCUUCUACCUGGCGGGCCCCGCUCGGCUGCCCGUGGUGCCGCUGCGGGAAUCGGACGUGCGGGAGGCGCUGGCGGCCGCGGGGUUCGCGCUGCGGGAGCUGCGCAGUUACGCCAUGCCCCCCGCGCUCCGCACCGGCGUGGAUGAUGUGGACGGCGUGUUCUUCGCCCACGCGCAGAAACCGCUGGAAAGCUGAGGGGAAUUCCCGGGAAAUGCCUGGGAAAUGCCCGGGAAAUGCCACCCUGCCCGGCAGCCCCAGGGGUGGGGAGGGAUGGAGUCAGCGCCGGGCUGGAUGGGGACAAUAAAGGCUGAGGAUGGUGAC